AUGUCCUGGCAACAUUCUGAUUCUAGACAUGCAAGUCUGAUCAAUGACAGUGCUUUCUACCGGUAUUCAACACUUUUGGCGAUUGCGGCCCUCAAGGCUUUCCGACCCUUUAACGGAAGCGUCCUUAUGUUGACAGAUCGAGUUUGCGUCAAACUACCUCUAGCCCAGUCCCCAAGGUGCUAUGCAUGGCGGUUCUACAUAUAUCGUGAUGGAAAGAAUCAAAGGCGAUAUGAUGGCACUCGCUGGGUUUAUCGAAGUGAAAAGUCCAAGACGAAGCUUCUUACCCAGUUGAAGAAGAUGAUCGGGGAGAUGCGUGAGCUCGAACCCGCGGAAGGGAUGGGUGUUGGUUCUGUUGACGGCGGAACGCUCUUUGAUUGCCGGUUACCAGGUGCUUCCCUACGGUUUGGCCCUUUUAGCAGCGUCCAAGAUUUUCAUCGACAUCUACGAGAUGGAAUGGAUUUUGAUCUAAGGCUCGACCUGGAAGUUCAGCAGCUUAUCAGGGAACACGACAGAGACUGGCCCAUAGUAUUCACUCAUGGUGACCUUAGCAGUCUUAAUAUUCUAGCCCGUGGGGAUGAUAUUGUUGGGUUUGUUGACUGGGAAACCGCUGGUUGGUACCCAUCUUAG